GGGCCGUGGAGGCCCUCCUGCUGAUGCUGGUGUGGAGACACCGCAGAGGGCAGCAGCCGUAUCCUAGAAGACCAGCAGGUCAUGAUGAUGGGCAACAGCCAAGUGGCCGCGCUGCUGCUGCUCCACGGCGCGGACCCCAACUGCGCUGACCCUGUCACCCUCACCCGACCGGUGCACGACGCAGCGCGUGAGGGCUUCUUGGAUACCCUCGUGGCACUGCACCGGGCUGGGGCGCGGCUGGACGUGCGCGAUGCCUGGGGUCGCUUUCCCUUGGACCUGGCUGAAGAGCAGGGCCACCGGGAGGUCGCCAGGUAUCUGCGCGACCUUGUGGGGGAUGCGGAAGCGGCAGCUGCGCCGAUGUAGCUGCCCCACAAAGUCACCAGCAAACAGUCCAGAAUCUGAUCAUCAAUUGGAAAAGUCAAAAGAAAAUAAUAACAUCUUCCACUCACCCCAUUCUUGCCUUUCUUAGUUCCAAUUUUUUUGAAAAGAAAAUACCAUUUUACAAAAUGUCGACCUGGGGAUGUAACUCGGUGGUAGAGUGUCUAGCAUCCAGCCCCA